AUGGAUAAUAACAGAAGUGAUAUUGAAAUGAGUGAUGGUGUGAAGGAAGUUGUGUACGGGUAUGAGGAGGCUUUGGAACUGACAGGUCAUGGGAGAUACAACAUAGGCCUGUUGUUAGCGUGCUUCAUGGUGAUCGUGGCGAUGGGUAUCGACAUCUUUGGUCUCGGCAUCAUCGUCACGGCUGCCACCUGUGACCUGGGAAUGAAUUUGCAGCAGAUCGGAGUGCUCUCGUCUAUGCCAUUUGCUGGUAUAAUCGUCAUGUCAUAUCCCUGGGGCUAUCUCUCCGACACCCGUGGCAGGCGGCUGGUGUUGUUGUGGGCGAUGGGAGGUAGUUUCGUGAGCGCGAUGCUCAGUAGUUUGGCGCCCACGUGGCAGGUGCUCGCUGCCUUGAGGUUUAUUAGUUCUGCGUUGUCGAGUGCCGCAGAGUCAGCGACAUACGCGUUACUUGGAGAGUGCUGCACGGCGCAGCACCGAGCGAAAUACAUGCUGCUGAUGACCAGCGCGCUCAUGCUGACACCUACACUAUAUUAUGUAUGGGGAUACUUCAUAACGAAAUUGAAUUUCACGUUCUACAUCCUGGGUAUCGCGUAUCGACCUUGGCGUCUUCUGACAAUGGUGAUGGCGCUGCCGUUGGGACUUGGAGCUCUAUUAUUGUACUUCUUCAAUGAGAGUCCCAAAUUCUUGGCGAAUAUCGGACGAACUAAUGAGGCUGUGGACGUGUUGAGACGAAUACAUGACAUAAAUAGAAGAGGAGGUGAAAAGUAUCCGGUGAAAGACAUCUAUCUAUCUGAAGACUGCCAGGAGUCCUCUACAUCGGUCACUCUUCAGUCUCUGUGGCGUCAACUUGCACCGUUGUUCAAGCCUCCUCUACUCAAAAGAACUUUAUUAUUAUAUUAUCUUACUUUUGUCAUCUAUAUAGCUAACAAUAGUUUUGCUAUAAUUUUGCCGACUAUCUUCAACGUUUUCUUCACGUCGUACGCCAGCAGAGAAGCAGCCGACUCAUUCUGCAACCUUUUGUCGACCAAUGGAACAGUAGCUGCCGUAGAAAACGAUGAAGUUCCUGAAUGCUCCGGUAUUGAGGUCAACACAGUAUGGGCUGGUUGUGUUCACGGGCUCGCGUUUUUCUUACUCAACGCUCUGCUGUCACAGUUGGCACACAAGAGAAAGGUGCUCACAAUAAGCAUUCUUCUGGUAGCGGGUGUGUCAGCGAUUCUGGUUGACCUGACGGGUGAAGCUCUCUCCGGGCUGGUGUUAUUCUACCUCUACCUCACCACCGCGAUGGUUUUUGGGAUCGUCUCCUCCUACUUCGUCACUCUCUACCCAACCUCCUACAGGGGUAUGGUGGCCUGUAUCGGUAUGAUGGUGGCCCGUGUGAGCGCGUUCGCUGGUACCAAUGUGGUGUCCGCUGCCAUCUCCCUUCACUGCGCCUCCACUCUCUAUGGAGCUGCUGGGCUCGUGUUCACUGGGGCUGUAGCGGCGUGGUUCCUGCCACCGGACACUGAAAAUAAUACCUAA